AAAGUGAAAAAUGGCGUCUGCUUACAUGGAUUUCGCAAUGGAGGAGCGACAGAGAUACCGUCACUGUGCCGCGAGGUUACUUGGCAUGGUUUUAGAGGCAGGGGAAAAACAAAAGAACGAACUGAACUCACUGCUUGAUGAAUUGAAUUCUCUGGCGUAUUCUGUAAAAGGCCUCGUUGAACAGGAACCUGGACGGUUGCUGUGCCAAGCCUGCACGCUGGUUCCCCUCCAGGAAGAGCUGCUGGUAACGAAAGUCUGCCAGCUGAUUGUCAUCAUCACCCACCAGAAGGUUUCGCUCAGCCAGGCCACCGUGGAGACGCUACUGGAGUACGUCACCGCGGCAGUAAGACAAUGCCAGCCUUGGAUCCUACCUGAGGCGCUGCGAGCCCUCGGGGCGGUGGUGUAUGAGAACGGCCCAAAAUGUUCACAGUUUUUAAAGCACCUCUUGGGGACGAACCCACAAGGUUUGCUGCUGAAAUUGAUCAGUUCCACCGAGGACGAUGUGAAACGGGCGGCAGUGCAGUGCAUCGGUAAUCUGUGUAUGAGAGAUGAAUCUGGUGAUGUCAUUGACUCUGAGUAUCUGCAGACCAGCUAUAAUCAGAUGCUAAGAGUGCUGCAGAGUCCUAAAGCACAGAGUACCGAUGACUACAGCCACUUCAGGCUUCUCCUGAGCACCUUGCGUGGUCUUCAGAAUGUCCUCGCUGUCUGUAAAGAUGUCCAUAGUGACCAGCUUGGAGUCAUUCUGGCAGCACUCAAGUCAUACAUGCUCUACGGUCUCCCAGGGGUCGGAACCAGCUUCAUCAUCCCACAGACCCUCUACCCGUCACCCCUCUACCAGGUUGAUUCAGGCCCUUCCCCUUCAAAGCCCACAGACUCCACCCCCAGGAAACCCCCACCCAAGGGCGAUUCAUCGGGUGUUUCAUCUUCAGGUGCCACCCCCCGACGACCCCACCAGCAAGAAAAGCCAGAGAAGAGCCAAGAGCUGGAUGGGGAACUAGCGAAGGAAAGAGCGGUAGAGGAGGAGAUUAGCUUGCGGCCGGGGGGCGGAGGAGGCGGGGGCUUGCUGCCGUUCACCCAGCCCCGGCCCCAGCCGGGAAAAAAGGGGAAGAAGAAGGGGAAAGGGAGGCAGGAGAAGGAAAAGGUCCCAACGCCGAGGAAGGGGCGGGACAUUGGGCGGUAUGGAUCAUCGCAGAGGGUAGAGCCAUCCUCGGCAUGCAUCCCAGAGACUGGAAGGAAUUCCAAUGCACAGAGCUCUUACAAUGUUGACCCCUCCGCCCUCUUCCCAGCCUGGGGGCGGGUCAGCAGCUCGGAGUCUGAGUAUUCAGACACAGAGGGAGGGCAGGCAUCCAAGCUAAGAUCGGCGGCCUCCAAAGUCCGACAGGCUGCCCUGACGUGCCUUCACUGCAUCAUUAAGAACACCGAGAAGAAGCAUAUCUUUGGCUACUGGUCAGCCUUCAUCCCCGAUACGCCCUCAGCCUCGGGGUCCUCCCAGUCAUUUUCCCUCUUCACCAGCAUGCUCAAGGACCCAGCCCCAAAGGCCCGGGUUGGUAGUGUGGUCGUUUUGGCUGCUUUGGUGGACGGUUCCAAACAGUUCCUGGCAGCUGCAGAUGAUAGUGAUCUGAAACAUGCUGCCUUCACGCCAUUCUCCCACACCCUGGCAUCCACGAUCAAGGAGAUCCAUCGCUGUCUAAUCCUAGCUCUGAUGGCCGAGAGCUUCUCCACGACGCUUACUCAGAUAAUCAAGUGUCUGUCCAUCUUGGUCCAGAACGUUCCCUAUCACAAGCUGGCCCCAGGACUCCUGACUAAGAUUGUCAAGGGAAUCAAACCCUAUUUUACUCACAGAGACAAUAACGUGCGGACUGCCUGCCUGACCUGCAUGGGAGCUGCCCUCUCCAACAGUGCCCCCCUCCCUGAAGUCACCGCCCUCUUGCAGUUGCCGGAUUUCCUCGGAACGCUGGCCGUCCAGCCAUCGGGGAGUGCCUCACAGACGGGUAUCAAUGCUCCCUCCUGGAGGACACCGGGUGGGGGUGAGAAGACCCUGGAGGGGUAUGAGAGCCCUCGAGAUGAAGACUACCAAGACAACGAGUCCUGGAGGAGGAAACAAGACGAGGAUUCAGAGGAGGAGGAUGCUAGAAUUGGAGAGGAUGCACAAGCCGUCGGUAAACCUCCAGCAUCUUUUGGACAUCACCGAGAAACACUGAAAUCGGAUCAGCAAGGUCAGCCUGUCUGCGAUGUGGAAUUGACCGCUGGAACUCUGGACACCCCAUGUAGGGCCAGCAUCAGCGGCCAGAAGCCAUUAAGCACUGCGGCGCCAUUGGAUACAUUUAAGGCCUUAACGAUCCACUCUGACGAAAGGACUCCGGGAUGUUCUCGGGAUCAGUCUUCAGAGCAGCAAGGUGGGGGUUUAAACCACCAUCCCCCUCGGGGUCAGCUGGAGGGUGCGUCGGCUUCAGGGCUAGGCGGGACUGGAGAUCCUUCCACUAAGCAGCCUUGCAGGGAUGGGAACCUAGCACCCCAGAAUCUCCUAGAAGAUGCUUCAGUGUCUUGGCUCGUCAAGUGGUGCACUGAUGCUAUCCUCAAGGAUUCUACUGAGAACCCUGGUCCCAUCAGUGCAGAGCUUUGCAGGCUGCAGACACCCAAUGAAGCCCUACCAGUGAGGUUGGAGGCCUUGCAGGUCAUGACCCAGCUGGUCAAAGGUUACUUCCCCAUUGUCCGUGACAUCUUGGAUCACAUCUGCACCAUUGUAGUCAGUUGUCUUGGUGAGGUGGAUUCCUCUGUCCAGUUGCAUGGCCUCAAGGUUCUUGAGGAGCUUGGCAAGGCCAUGCUGUCUCAGCUAAGCCCAGAAUUGGAAUCUCCAACAAGCCAGCUUGCUGUUCCACUCUCUCCAGAGGAGGUUGUGUUGUUGUGGGAUAGACUUCUAAUUGGUCCGCUGCCAGCCAUACUGCAAAAUUCGGCCAAUAGCGUUCUCCAGUCGUCUGCAUGUUAUUGCUUGUCUACAAUUGGAUCACAGUGCUUUGAACUGCUAAAGAUGGGCAAGCAAGUUCUCUGCAUUACCCUCCUCUUGGGUCUCACCAACGAGGAGGACUACCGAGUCAAAGCAGCGGCAGUCAGGGCCCUGGGAGCAUACGUCCUCUAUCCCUGCCUCAGGGAGGAUGUAAUGUUUGUUGCUGAUACAGCCAAUGCAAUCUUGACAUGCCUGGAAGAUCCGUCCGUCAAUGUCCGCAUACGCGCAGCCUGGUCCAUCGGUAACCUCAGCGAUGCACUCAUCGCUAACAAAGAUGCGGGCGAUUCCACUUUCUUAGAGGGAUUCUCAGACAUGCUCCUUCAGAAGCUGUUUACGGCAGCCAUCACUGGGGCAUCGGAUCACGACAAAGUCAAGUCCAAUGCCGUGCGAGCCUUGGGAAUGCUUGUACGCUUCGCAAGACCCCAAGCUUUGGCCAAAAGCAGCAUUCAGACUGUUGUCACUGAUGCCAUCAAGGCUUUACUGAAGAACAUCACUACAGCAGCUGCUAUCAGAGUUAAGGUGCGAUGGAAUGCAUGUUAUGCUAUGAGCAAUGUCUUCAAGAACACCCAUCUUGAGUUGGGUACAGCACCGUGGUCGACAGAGGUCUUCACCGCCCUCACUGAUGUGGUCAGGGACUGCAAGAACUUUAAGGUCCGGAUCAAUGCCGCCCUGGCACUGAGUAUUCCUACAUGUCGUCGUUGCUAUGGCAACACUGACCGCUUCUGUCUAGUCUGGUCCAGCAUUGUCCAUGCUCUGGAGGUCAUCGACCAAGUGGCUGAUGUGUCUGAGCUCAAAUACAAGGACACUUUACGAGAUCAGCUUUGUCAAACACUUACUCACCUGGGGGGCCUCCUUAGCCAAGAAGACCUUUCACCUUUGCAUAAGCUUUUGAAGGAUGGGUCUGACUUGUUGGAGGUUCAUAUCAGCCGAUACCGAGAGGCAAAACUGACUUCGGCCGAAGAUAGAAGAGGCGAAAUGCUAUCGGCAACCUCUAUUUAUCUUCAAGACAUGAUGAACGUCAAGGACGUCACGGCUGAAGACCGACACUGCGCAGCCCAGCUUGUCAAGAUAUUUGCCGAGCCUUGAAGGCAACUCAUCAUCAUCAAGAAUCGUCUUUGGAAUUGGAAUUGCCAAAUAAUCCGUGUGUUGUCGGGGAGACUUGCUAAAUCAGUCUUCAGAUAACUUUAUCAGAACUGUCUUUGUAAAUUUCAGAGCUGUGUUCCUUAUGUGAGGCACAGUGCCGAUUACCAGACUCAUUUGUUUAUUAACUCUUGAUGUCAGUGAAAAACCAGCAACACUCUGUGAACAUCAUUAGCUAACAUUUUGAUGAGAAGACUUACAUUUCUCAGCAAUUCUGUUCAGCCCGUGCUUCUGUUAUUACUUGAAAUCACACGAGUUACACAUUAUCCUGUGUGGUAAAUUUUCAGAUUAGAUUAAAAUAAUGCAGACGGGUAUCACGUCAUAUUGUAAAAAUCAUGGGACAGCGCCAUAAAACGGUGGAUUGUUCUUGUCAUUACACUGUAUAUUCCCAUGACAUCCCAAGAUUUCUUUAUCCCAUCCCAAGAUUUCUUGAAAGCUUAAGAAAAAGGCAUGGGUGCAGGACUUCAGCUAGCAGUUCAAAUGUAACUAAUAAGCCUACUCCCGAGUGUGUCGUUAUUUCAAUUUCGCCUUGCCUUUAUAAUUUGCUCGAAGAAGGAUUCACAAGAACUGGUUUUUUUUAGUUACGGAGGCACAGAUGUGCUGCACUUUGACAAAGGCUUUGAGCGAACGCAAAUAUUGAGAAAUUCUUUUUUUUUACACGUCAAGGAACUUUCGUAGCACAGUUUUCCCGAAUUGAAAAUGUGGUUUACUACCACAAAUCGCCAGCAGGAAUGCUCCCGGUGACGUCACAGAUUGGCGAUCGCUCUCAUGGCGAGGACAAAAAUCGGCCAGUAGCAGUGCGGGAAAAGUCCAGCCGUCCCUAAAGACCUGGCCAGCAAGGCUCACUCUGAUUCAUACAACGCGGCGUGACUGGGCUUUUUCCUCCCCACUUCUUGCAAAUUCGAUAUUUCAUUGAUUCUUGUCGCAGGGGAAAAAUGGAAUGGGAGCAACGAAAGUGUAGACUGUAAGUGUUUACAAGGAGUCUUGUUUGGCGUGUGGGAGAUAGGAAAUGUACUCCACUUAAGUGGUAGGGAGCGUUAGGCAAAACGAUCCCUUGAGGUUUGGUUUAGGGCACCGCUUAAUAUGGGACAAAAGUACAGUGCCCAGAGGCGGUUAAUAGUAAUGUGGUCUAAGCACUACAGAAAUGUUAUUACCAAGUAGACGUUCUCUGUUGCCUUUUGGUCAGGUUAAUUGUUUAGUUUUAUGGCAUGGUACGAAGAAUCGAAUGCACUUUUAUAAUGUCAAGUAAUGGAGUUUGUUUACACUGUUGUAUGGGUGGAGCUAUGUUGUUUUCAAGAUUAUGUGGUAUCUGCUAUGAUCAUGGGUUUAUUUUUGAAUUUCGUUUCAGCCCUUGUCUAUUGUAGAUUGGUAUUUUGCAUGAAAUUUAGCAGGUUGAUUGAAUCCACUUUCUGUGUCGAUUAAGAAAGUAAAGGUUGUUUUGAGCCUAAAGUUUUCCUUGAGAAAUAUAUAAAUGUGUUUGAAAGAAAUUGUAAAUUUUUGGCUUUUACUGGUUUAAACAAAAGGAAAACAGCAGAACAAAGUUGUAUUAGAUAUUGAAGCUGUCUUAAUUGGCGCGAGAGUUUUCUUUUUAGGGUAAACCCAGGAAUACAUCUUAAAAUAUAAAAUGUUCCCUUCCCUCCCUCAGUGCCACCGCACUCCCCUCCCACAUCCGGUCGCAGUGUUGAAUGCCCAGAAGGGUGAUGAAUGGCUUUAUGAAAUAAGUUACUGGACAAUGUUCUCUACACAAAGUCUCUGUACAUAUAUCCUUGUACAACUUUGCUCACACGGCUACCGUUACUCGCUGUGCACAAACUGCAGCCGAUUGACGAUUGAGAAAAAAGUGGGCAAUGGCGGAUGCAGUCUCCCUGCCACACGAAGCAGGGGAUGUCGCCCUCGGGCCUCCUGGGGGCAAUGGCACGAGACUACCGCCGAGUCACGGCAAUUCGAGCGAGUAUCAGUAAUUCUUUUGGCCGGGAGAUUAAAAAAAUAUGAAAAUAAAAAAGAGAAAGCACGGACUCCACCCUCCAUAA